ACAACAUUUGGGCCUUCUCAGUCCAGUAGCGCGCGCUUUCCCGUAUGCGUCCGGCGCUUUCGUCCACUUCGUCCUCCAGGUUUCCUUUCCACCCCCGCCGGUCCAGCGCCAACACCAGUCGGCGGAGCGGAUCUCCGGUGAGGUCGAGGGAUGGCGAAUGGCUGCGGCUACGUGUGGGCCCUCGCGGCGGGUUUCAACGCCGCACUCGCCGCCAUCUCCGCCAAGUUCUUCUCCACUCUGUUGCUCAAAUAUGGCAUGGUGAUACUUUUCAACGUGACAAUGUGGGGGUGCUAUGUCAACAGCCUCAAAGCUUUGUCAUCCCUCCAGGCAACAGUGACAAACUUCGCCGCCAACUUCAUUUCAUCUGGGCUUGCGGGGUGUUUCCUGUUUGAUGAGCCCUUGCCUUCUAAGUGGUUUGCAGGUGCCAGUCUUAUCAUUUUUGGCGUCUUUAUCCUCAGCAAGUCAAGCAUCGAGGAGAAACAGAACUCAGAUUAGGAGGAAGUUUUGACCACUAGCGUUAGCUGUAACAUAAGGUGAUUUUUGUUGAUGCUGAUCAAAUUAUUUCAGAAAAUGAAGAAGCAUUAUGGUUUCGUUUGAUGGUUGUCAGGCAAGGGCAUUUUCUGGCAGGAGGACAUCAUCCCCUUCUUCCAGAACGUGACCAUCCCCAAGGAUUGGGGCACCGUCCAGCAGUGCUACAUCUACCUCUCUGGACAAGUGAAAGAGAAGCUGGGCAAGAUUGACCCCUACUUUGUCAAGCUCGGUGAUGCCAUGGUCACAUGGAUUGAGCCUGGGAUGAGCUGAACCCGGCGACCCCUGCUGUCGCAAAUGGCAAGGUCAAGUAGAUGGAGUCCCUAUUUUGCCUUCACUUCCCCACUGGAUUGGAAAAGAAAGUAUGAUAUAGGAAUACAUGAAAGUGUUGUGAAGUCUACUAUUUCUGAUGUUAAUGGUUGUUGCAAACUUACAAUUAGUUAUGAGCAAUUUUUCAGGUGACUGCUCUACUCCUUGAAGUGGCAUAACAUAUUGUUCAGUUCAUGUAGUAAUUUAGAUAUGAAAUGGUGAAGCUAUCUUAGCAUAGAAGUUGCAGUGUGCUAUAGCAC